CAGCUGUUUAGCCUGUGUGUUUUUUUUAGACUGGUGCUAGUCGGUGAACACGUGGGGAGGAGAGGCUGACUUUCCACACAGGGACACGUUUGAAGACUCUCUACAAUUAUCAGCAGUAUCGCUCUCAUAGUGGCGGCACCGAGGACCGUGAAAUACUGUGUAGCUGUUAGCGUCCUGAGGAAAUGCCGCUGAGGUUUCGCUCUGUCGUUCCCUACACGCUGCCCGGAGUCCUCGCACUGAUCGGCUGGUGGUGGUACAUCUCACGGAAGAAAGACCGCCUUAUAGGCCAUGAUGGUCCCGAGGGGGCCCCCGCCGCGAUGGGCCUGAGAACGGCUUCGACAGAAGGGAGCAAUGGAUUGGUGGAGAAAGGCACAGAGAGCCCUACAAAUGAUACAGUUAGCUCCGCCCACAUACCUACACAGGGCGGGAACCCGAGAACACAUGUUUCCUCGGAAGUAGCGCCGAUAUGUGAGGAUGCUGCUCCUCACCUGGACAGAGUCCCACCCCUCUCCGCUCAGACUUCACCUGGGAAAGAAGAAGAGCUACAGCUGUCACUGAAGGAACAGAAAGAGCCGGAGAGAAGCUCGCUAUCAGAGCCAGAGCCAGCAGCAGAGGAGGCCAUCGUGUCCUCACAGUCUACCAAAGUGUCAAGCUCCUCCUCCCUCUCUGACGCAGAGCGGCCAGAGCCCGAGGGGGAGGUCUCAAAGCACCACAGCACUGUAAAUGCACAGGAAGAAAUGCUAGUCUGUACCCUGACCCCCGCCAGAGUCCAGAGAGUGACCCCAUCAGAGGCUGACUCUCUGGAGACCCCGCCUUCAGCGCAGGAUUUCCACCAACACGUCCUGACCAGCACGCCGGCCUUCCCCUCCACGUCUCUGGCCUCCACAUCCCUUAAUGCCAUCCAGGACUCCUCGGCUCACUUGUCAGAGACCACCCAGGAUGACCAGGAGCCGGAUCUGGAGCUUCUGGCAGCUGGACUUAUAACUGAGGUCAUCUCGGCAGCCACCCAGGAGGUCCUUGGUGUCACCAGCAGCCAGGUAGACAGCGGCAGACUCUGCUCCCAACAUGAGCCAAUCAAAGCGGAGCAGCUCCACCUGCUGACCAGCCCGUCACAGAGCAAUAAGGAGGGGAUGUCUAAUGGCAUCUCCUCGGCUGCAGGAUGGGAGCCUGCAGAGCUCCGAAGUCAUCAGACACUCGGUGCACAGAGAGGACACUGGCCGGCUGCUCAGAGCUCGUCUCUACUCAACAAGCUGAGAGGAGACGAGGCGGUGGCGCUCGCCGAGGACUCAGCCUGCAGCACAUGUCACUCCGAGGACGGUGUCAGCAGCGAGGACCUGCACAACAGCAUGUUUGACAACCACACGGACAUCAUCCAGGUGACAGACCUGUCGGUGAGAGAAACCUCCCAGACUCCGUCGCUGGUGGAGUCGGCGGCAGAGGAAACGAUUCAGGCUGAAGGAGACGACAUCUCAGUGGACGCUGCAGGAGACAUAAAGAGGCUGAACGGGAUGGGACUGAGGAACGGAGCGCAUGGGGCGUGUGAGGAGACGGAUCAGUCCGGAGGCUCUGAUGUGAACAGUAUGGACUCUGUGGACAGCGGUUGCACGAUGGGCCUCAGCGACAGUCAGAGUAACCACACGGCGUCCGCCAGCUCGGAGCUCAUCAUCUGGGAAAUCGAGGUGCCAAAGCAUCUGGUCGGCCGGUUAAUCGGGAAACAAGGGAGAUACGUCAGCUUCCUGAAGCAGAACUCGGGCGCCAAGAUCUACAUCUCCACUCUGCCUUACACACAGGAGUUCCAGAUCUGUCACGUGGAGGGCACGCAGCAGCAGGUCGACAAAGCUCUGUCUCUCAUCGGGAAGAAGUUCAAAGAUCUGGACCUGACCAACCUUUAUGCACCGCCUCCGCCCCCCCUCACGUUACCAUCACUUCCUAUGACCUCGUGGCUCCUGCUCCCCAGUGGAGUGACGGUCGAGGUGAUCGUGGUGAACAUCGUGUCGGCGGGUCAUGUCUUCGUGCAGCAGCACACACACCCCACGUACCAUGCCCUGCGGAGCCUCGACCAGCAGAUGUUCCUGUGCUACUCGCAGCCGGGCACACCGGCGCUGCCCUCACCUGCUGAAGUUGGCGUGAUCUGUGCAGCUCCGGCAGUGGAAGGAGCGUGGUGGCGAGCUCAGGUGAUCACCUUCUACAAAGAAACGAACGAGGUGGAAAUCAGAUACGUCGACUACGGAGGCUACGACCGAGUCAAGAUCGACUCGCUACGACAGAUCAGGUCUGAUUUCGUGACACUUCCGUUUCAAGGUGCUGAGGUUUUACUCGACAACAUCGCUCCUCUUCCAGGAGAGGAUCGCUUCUCAGCCGACGCCACGUCAGCGCUGGAGGAGAUGACCAGAGGAGCGGCGCUGCUGGCCCAGGUCUCGAACUACGACAACAACACGGGCCUCCCUCUGGUGCACCUGUGGAACAUGGUGGGAGAAGAGGUGAUUUCAGUGAACCGCACGCUGGCAGAGCGAGGUCUGGGGGUUUGGGUGGACGCUUUCUGAACUCCUCACAUCCUCUGAGCUCCAUCUUCAUCCUCCACCCUCAUCAGGGACCUGGGUCACCCACCACUGGAUUGAAAAAGUUUUCUUUUGUUUGUUUUUGGUUGCCCCCCCCCCCCCCCUCAAAUUCUUAUUGUGAAGAAAUUUAAAAAAUAGUUUCCAGGCAUGGAUCCUCGGAGAACAGGCCGUGCUUCACAACAAUACGACUUCCUGUCCUGAUCAUGAACGUUCAAAGAAUUUCAACAAGGACGGGAAUACUUGUAAAUGUUUUCUUUUUAAAAAAAAAAAAAAAAAUCUAUAUUGUAACUCAAUAAAGGUUCAACCGGCAUCACGUUCUGCUCCCCGACCAUCCUGCGUUCACUGACUGGAUCGUCACUCGCUCCUUGGCUGUAGGUCGCACGUUUUGGGUGUUUUUGGAUAAAAAGGGGGUCAGUAUUGCUGCAGAGACUCCUCAGGGUCUCUAUCCAGCUCCAACUGAGGGACUAAUUUUUCUCGUCCUUGCAGUGCGUCACAGACGAACAGCUGAGCGCACAGAAAGCAACUCCUCUCCUCUGAACAUUUCUCAGACUAAGGAUUAAUCUCACCGCAGCGCCACAAGGAGAUCAUCAUCAGGUUUUUUUUUCACGUCUCAGACCACUGAGCUCCUCGUCUUUAAAGUCCAGAAACAAUAAUUAACAUUUCACCGACAUGAAUCUCAGCCGUUCACCCUGCUUGGAUUCCCACAUCGUUAGAGUUCAGACUAAUUUCAACUUCUGAUCAGGCGUCUUCGUCCUGGAGGUGCCUUGUUGGACCGGAUAGGACUUUAAGGUUUCACAUCGACCAAUCAGAAUCUCUAACUAUGAUGUCAUUUCCUUCCUCCCAUUCAUGUGGGGUGUUUCUCAUGAACUUAAAUUCAUCGUUCAAACAUAAAGACAUGGAAAAGGUCUAGUGUGGUGAACGUGGCGAGUAUUUCUGCUGCUGACGGUUUAAACAGCUGAAAGUGGAGACACGAUGUGUGCACUGAUUUACAAUCAUUAAUGAUUCUGUUGAUUAAACGUGUUAAAAUCAGGAGAUGAGGUGUCCUAACAUGAGGACCAGGGGCGUGUCCAGAGACGGGCCUCCUUUGAAAUCUAAUUGCCAUGAAGAACUGCGAGCAAACUCCAGCAGGAAAAACAAAUGUAUUCUAAACCUUCCUGUUCUUUAAAUGGCUAAAGAAUGUCUUUUUGACUUUUGGAUAGUUGCAGUUAUUUACUGCUUUGAGUUGUAAAUUUAGACCAAAAGCACAUCAUCUUUUUGAGUUACUAAAAAAAAAUAAGUUAAGCGAAACGUUAGUCACUCUGGACGUUCAGAUAUCAGACAGGAAAUGCUAUUCAUUCGUUUGUUUGUGAACAAACUUCAGGCCCCCCCCGCCCGAAUAAGUCAGGACCCCAGCUGGGCCCCCCAGCCAUGAAAGUCUGGACACGCCCCAUAUAAGGACAAAUGAUGCGCUCCAUUAACCUCGUAAGUCAGAGCUGGUGAUGACGUCACGACUGAGUUAAUGGAGUUCCACUAACUGGUUAGUAACAUGGACGCCUCCAAGAGAACGUUUGUUAGCUUAAAGCUAACGACAUGCUACGUGACGGUUUGAGAGAGUACUGACGCUGUGAUGGAUUUAAUGACACUAAAACAAAACUAAAUUUCUAAUGAACACUUCAAUGUGCAGCUUCAACUGUACUGUGGAUGCUCAAAGCAGCCAUGUUGGAUUUUCACUCAGACUACUGAAGUUUUCGAGUUUCGACUUCCGGAGGUGUUAGUGAUGACGUAUCAGACCAGCAACUUGAUAUUUCUGACUUCUGAGAUCAAAUUGAACGCACCAAAACACGUCACAGGUGAAGUUUAGAAUAGAGCACUUGAUCUCAUAUUGAACUUCUUCCACAUUGUCACAUUAUCGCCACACGGAGGUCAGUUUCCUCUGAAGCGACGCCCUGAUUGAAAAGCUGAAUGUAAUGUCGAGCGGCUGAUAAACUAAAAACAACCUGAGGCAUAAUAAACUCACCACUUCUUGAUUUAUGAGCAAUAAAGAAGAAACUGACACUAUAUAUUUAUUUAAAGUUAAAACAUCAUCUCUGUAACCCAUUAGCAACUUUGGUAAAAAAGCAAAUGUUAGCAUUCUGCUACAACUAAGCUAACCUGCAAGGAGUGGCUUAAUACUAACCCCACCAGUCAAUGGGAAAGGGCUAGUUCACAGCUAAUGAUGUCAGCUAGCAAAGUGUUUUGUCAGCUGGAAUAAAUAUUAGCUUUCGGUAACUAAAACAAAGUUAGCUAGCUGAUAUCAUUAGCUUAAAAGUGCAUCUUUCCUUUUCUAUUCAUCUAAGAGCAGGAAGUGGUAGAAUGCUAACAUGAGCUGUCUGUCUGAUAGCAUGCUAACAUGAGCUGUCUAUCUGAUAGCAUGCUAACAUGAGCUGUCUAUCUGAUAGCAUGCUAACAUGAGCUGUCUGUCUGAUAGCAUGCUAACAUGAGCUGUCUGUCUGAUAGCAUGCUAACAUGAGCUGUCUAUCUGAUGGCAUGCUAACAUGAGCUGUCUAUCUGAUGGUAUCUAAGGGGUUAAAAACAUGGUGUAACGCUUAAAAAGCGAUUCAUUUAUGUCGCCGGGGUGGAUUUAUCCGCUUAAACUACGUACGAACUUGAACUCCGGAUUACGACUUUAUUACUGUUUUAGCUCCGUCUGUCGUGAUCGUUUUAGUCCUCAUUCUGGUUUUAAGUUAGUUUGGCUCUGAGGCCUUAAAUCUGAGAAACGUGAAGUCAUUCUGGGUUUGAGGCCUAAACCAGGAAACCAGUUCAACUUGGUCUUGCUCGCUGUGGGGUCAUGGUUGGGGUCGCUGGUGGCCCGGAUUAAUUAGAACAUGAACUCUGUAAUAAUAUCAAAAGGGAUGACAUUUAAAAUCAGUGGGCGGUUCAUUUGAUUAGUUUGUCCUCGUUGCUGAAGAAACUCGACUCGUCUCAAUCUCUCUUUGAUUUUAUGUCGAUCGAGCGUCACAAAGACGUCUUGUCUUUCUCCGUCAGCCUGAACAAACGCCAUGUGGUUCAUGUGUGAGCAAUAGUCAAACGUCCAAACCAAACAUCAAGUAAAGCCUCGAUUUCUGAACCCUUCAUCGUUUAAAAUGAUUGUCGAGAGGAGCGUGGCGUCGGUAGGAUUUGUCUCUAGGUCAGUUCCAUGUUACGUAGCUGUGCAUGACUCACUGGUCAGAUGGACUUUGAGGGUCAAAGGUGAUCGCUACAGAUUGCCUCCGCGCCCUCAGAUGGCUCCGCCUCUCUUUCACUCAGAGCAGCUUUUUGUUAGAACUUGACCGAAGAGCCGUCAUUUUUUUAUUUCACGCAUUUCAACGUGAGGGUGCAGCUGAUGGAGAUAAACGGGUCAUUGACCUUCACGGAUUUAGACUUGAAUGAACUCAGCACAGGUCGUCCACAUGGUGGUGCUGACUGGGAGCAGUAGCCAUAUUGUCUACGGUCAGCGUGUGUUCACCUGGUCCCUCCCCCCACCCCGAUCAAACUCCAGAUGUUGGUUUGUCUGUAAAUAAGAUGUCUGACUGUAAUUUUCUAUAACACUGGACAGAAAGAGAUAUAAAGGGAACAUGAUCGUGUUUGGUUUCUGUUUGUUUUGUUCUGGUCCUCCUCCUCGCCCUCGCCCUCCGUCACUCACUCACGGCGUGCGGCUGGUCUCUACGUGUUUGCAUAGUUAGACGACGAGUCGACCUUUGCAUUAUUUUUGAAGGGUGUGAAGUUCUUGUGCCCAGAAGCUUUUAACAUGUACAGGUUUUUGCUAGGCUCCUCUUCAGUUGAUUGUACAGAUCUGUUAGGAGAAAAGAAUAAAAGUUAUUCAAAGUG